AUUCCGUGACAUCCCGAAACCCUAGGCACUCGCAUUUCCUGGACUCAUUUUCAGGAUAUAGUUACUUGCAGUUCAUGGCUUGGGAUCUGUGGAGUUCGUCCUGUGAUCAAGCUGCCAGUGGUGGUGGUAACUACUCCCAGCAUAAUGUGUGGCAAUGUGACUUCUACUUUGGUUGUGGACAUGAUGCCAUAGAGGAGGAUGCUUUGAAUGAGGAAUCCUGUGUUCGGGUUUUGAGAAUUUUGAUCACCAAGGCAGAUAGUGAGAUUGAAGAGCUUGAAAAGGAUCUUUUGUCCCUUCAGAAUGAAUUGGCCUGGGCCGAGCAUGAAAAAUGGCCUGAUAUAUGCUGUAGUGCUCUGAUUGAAAGAAUCAACCGGCUUGAUGUUGCGGUCAGCACUUUGAAGAAUUAUCAUGCCGGUGAUGCAGAGAUGCAGCUAUUGUUACGUGGUGAACCUGCGGAGACACUGCAUGAAAUAGUGAAGGCUUUACGGAGGGAUCACUGUCAAGAUACACUUGGCCAGCUGAGAAUGCGACGAGAGAGAGUUAAGAGUCCCGUUGAAACUGGGUGUAAACACGACAUUAUAAUCCAAAGAGAUACCCUCCUAAUAAAUAAGAGGCUUAAUUGUACGCAUCUAGAUAUGAGCAUCUUGAAUCCAUUUGGGGGUGUUACUGAACAUGAUCUAGACAAAGAUUCUAGCUCCAUUGAUUCAAAUAUAAUCAUUAAGGAGGAAGCAAAAGAAUUCUGUGGAACCUCAGAAAACUCUGGAAGCUCAGAACUUCUUUCGGAGCUUCAUGAAAAGAGAUCAGACAAUCCUAAAAUGAUUGAGGAAUUUCAUGAAGAGUCUCUUGCAAGAAGUCCUGAUUUGGGGGCUAUCAGCUGUGCACCUGAUCAAUCUGAUGGGGUGGAAUUAUCAGAAACAUCAGAUAAUAUACUUAAUGGAAACGAGGAAAUUACAAGAAGCCAACUCAUUACUACAGAUACAGGUCAAAUCUUGAAUUUGUUUUCUGCCAAAGGCAAUGGAAAUAUUCCAAGUGAAGCCAAGGAAAAUGAAAUUGUCAAAGAAAAAGAUUUUACCUCAGAUGAUUUAAGACUUGAAACUGAUGUCAAGGGGAGGAAAAAGAAUCUUCAUUCCAGAUUAGGUACUUCAAAACAUCGAAAAAGUGGAAAUUCUGAUUUAGACAAAAAGCUAUGCGAUUUUGCUCCAAAAAGCGCACGAAGAGCUAGCAAGAAAGAAUCCAAGGUUGCUCUGGAGGAAGAUUUGGACCCUGUGAAUUUACCUCUACAAGUUGUUUAUCCUCGAAAAUGGUGUAUUGCUGAUACUGAAUUCUGCUCCUUGAAAGGAAGUAAUGGUAAUAGUUCUGGACAAGUGAUAAACAUUGAAAAUGCCACCCUUAUUCAUGCUGAAAAUUCUGCAUUGGUUUCUCUGCUAGGGAUGCAAACCAAGAGUGCCGUAUAUGGGUUACAACUGACAGAUGAAGAGAAACCCCAAGCACAAGGCCUUGAAUCUGAAAUAACUGCUAACCUCAGCAAGUCCAAUAUGAGUUUCCCUACAAAGCUAAAAGCUCAGGGAAAGCAGAAACCUGAAUUAAACACAUUAGCUGCUGGAGAACCACGGGAAAGUUGUACAGAAGUUCUUCCAAGUUCAUCCAUUGUUGUAUCAACCAAGAGGCAGCGAAAAUCUAAACCCAGUACUGAUGAUGCCAUUUUAAAUGAGUCCAUGAACAGGAAGAUUACGAAAAGAGCAGUGCAACCUGGCCAGCAUGAAACUGAAGGUCGUUCUAUUGUUCUUUAUGACAGCAAAUUUUCUGAGUUACAGAAGAAAAGAAGAGUUUCAAAGCUGCCGAUCACAGUGGAAAUACAAAAUUCAACUGUUAACAUGGACGUACCAAAUUCAGAUAGGAGUUCUAUGGACAACGCAAGCCAGGUAGAUCUUCAUAUUAGCAAGUCAUAUUCCUUGGUGGAUUCCCAUAAUGGCACCUCAUCUUUGCUGCCUAUUACUUUGAAGAGCUUGACAUUGAGUGAUUUGAGGGCCAUGGCUAAGCAACACAAUGUAAGAAAGUACUACAAGCUUGCAAAAGGAGCUUUGGUUGAGCAAUUAGUUGAGCGACUCAGUAGCUGCUGAACUUACUUACGAUCCGGCUUGCUGGUGAUAUCCCAUUUCUGCUAUGCUUUUUUGGUUAUCUUUAUUGGUUAUGUCCAGUGCUUCCAUGGAAUUUGGUAUAGGAUUCUGACAUAGUUAUGAAUGAUAAAUAGGCAAACCUAAAUGGAUUUUGUGACAGGAUAUUGUACAGCCCAUAGAUAGAAUGAAUACUUGGAGUACUUUGUAAAUGAAAGGAAGUAUAGGUUUUCU